ACCAUCCUACCUACCACACCAUCAACGCCAUCACACUCCUACCUGGUAGGUGCCUAAAUAGUCAUGGCGGACUUCUGCCUGGUUGCCUUUUUGACCCGUCUCACUUCUCCUCGCUUUGCCGGUCCAAUGAGCAUCGCCAUUUUCUCACUAUCACACGGGACCUAGAGGUCUGCCAAGGUCGUAUUCAGUCGUGGCUGGCCGUGGGCGGCGCCGGGAUCGUUGGCGGCAUGCAGAAAUGGAUUGAAAACUUCUGCCUUUUCUUUCAACUUACAGCUACAAAACACCUAGCCGAGGUUCACAGCCAGGUCACGAUGUGAAGUUGACCUUCACGGACUUGGUCUCAAUGAUCGUUUGAUGACAUGACCCUACAGCCGAUGUGCCCGAAGCUCGUCGUAUUGUUGCCUGCCAGACCUUAGCGUGUUCACCCAAGAUUUCAGCCUCACCACCGGGUCAACAUCUCCACCCAUCAAGAGCGUCUCUUGUCUGGAACCCAGCGCAAAGUCAACACCGUAACUAUGCUCUUAUGGCCGAUCCACAGCACUGGAUCUCGUCAUGGCUCCGUCAUACGACGUUGCCAAGCUAGAGGAACUCUGUCAGUUGUACCAGAUACCAGAAUUUGACCUGCCUCAAAGGCUGGCCAGGUUAUCCCAGAAUGACGUCCCAAGCUACGAGGCAUCUGAUCACACGAAGGACGUCGCUGCGCUGCUUGCUAGCUACAAAGGCACCGUUCGGAAACCAUUCUUCAAAACCAAGAGAAGCCGCGAGAGUCACGAGUUCCAGACCAUCACUGAAAUAUUGCCGGACUUGCUCGAGCAGAACGCUGACCCUGGUAUCGUCCAACCUCUUCUGCGCCAGGCAUCGAAUGUUGUGAGAGACCGGUCGAAAAGAGAAAGUCAGAAUGAGAGACGGGAUUCAAUGCUGAAAGCUGCUGCCAUAAAGGGGAAUGUUGAUUUCGUCUGGCUACUUGCGCCUUCCGCCUCCGAGGCUCAGCGAAAUGCUGCCCUUGUUGCCGCUGUCAGACGUCGCCAUGAAGCUGUCGUGCAGAAGUUACUCGCCUAUGGAGCAGAUCCGAAUGUGUGCACGGAGGAGUUCAAGAAGGCCUCGCUGGAAUCUGACCAUACACUUGUGUCCAUGCUCCUCCGCGCCCCUACUCCAAUCCAGAACGAGACGUUAAUCGAAGCCUUGGCUCAAGCUGUGGAGGGUGGAUCAAUGCACUUGGUUUCUAUCCUUACCCAAGCCUCGGACUUGCGAAGCGCUCGAGAUAUCCCUGCUCUUCACGGAGCCGUUAAAGAGGCUCGAUUGGACAUGCUACUGACCAUUGCACGAUGCGCUCCGUCUCUCGACCCACGAAAGCUUGACCCUCUGGUGAUGACAGCCUAUCGAUUGUCCUCAGCCAGUUCGGAUCGGAGGCUCCAACUCACCGAGGUGCUUCUGUACUCGGGCGCAUAUGGUGAGACGACCCAAAAAGCCUUCGCACGUGCUGUGCAAUCGAAUAGAACGACCUUUAUCGAGCUCUUUGCACGGCACCAUGUUGGGAUCAACUGGGAUAAUGGGAGUGCGAUUGUCGCGGCUGCUCAGACAGGGCGAAAGGAAUUGGUCGAGACGGUAUUGGCGAGUGGCACGCUGUUGCCAGAGAAUGCUUCCAAGGCUAUGCAAUGUCUACCCACGAGUCUCCACAACGAUGAACGACGACUUAUAAACUCGAUGUUCCUCAAUGCAGGCGCGCAGGGUCACGCUGUCGAUCAAGAGCUUGUAGUAGCAGUCAGAAACAACGACGAAGCUUCAGUAACAAUGUUGCUUCAGAAAGGCGCCUCUUUGGAUCACAACAAUGGGCAGGCUCUAAUCCAGGCGGUCCAAGAUGAGCACGUUGCCCUGUUGGAGGCCAUGCUAAGAUAUACCACAACUUCGUACCCCGUGCAAAGAGUAUUGCCUCAUGUUUGUUGUGCCGGAAUGGAACCACGCCUGGAGAUGGCUGUCGCCUUUCUACGCGCCGGUGCAUCUGGUGAUGCGGUUGAUGCUGUGCUCACACAUGCUGUUGCCGAUCCCGUUGACCGGAAGGAUCCAAGACUCAUUGAUGCACUAAUUCAAGCCGGAGCAGACCCAACAAAUAAGGAUGCCCGAAGUCUGCGUCAGACCAUCAGUGAAGCCAACGUUGAUGUUUUCAAACAGUUGCUGAGAUCUCGAGUUCAGUCCUUACCAGAUAUCGUGUCAAUGCUUGUGGCUGACAUUAUUAUGAUGCACGAUCGCAUCGCUCGCUACCAUAUGAUGCAGCUCGCCGUCGAGGCAGGUGCUAAUAAGGCCAGUAUUUCGGACGCCCUGAUUGUCGAGCUUGGCAUCUCGAGCCCGGACACCAGCAUGAUUGCCUUGUUGCUUAAUCGAGGCAAAGCAGACGUGGACCGUGAUGCUGGCCGAAUCUUGAAGCUUGCUGCACUUCAAGCAGAUGAGAGCAUCUUAGAUGUCACGGUAGCAUCCUCCAAGAUCUCAAGCCAAACCCUGGCCGGAGCCCUUCGCAAGGUGCUCACAUGUGACAAGCUGGCCGAUGAGCAAAAGGCUCAGAGGGCUAAAACGCUUCUUUCCCGGCCGCCUGUUGAUGCGAUUGCAACCGAAGGUUUCUCGGCCUACACCGACUACUGCGCAAAAAUGUUCUCACAUGGCCGAGACUGGCCUCUAAAGCCGUUUUUGAUGCUCCUUGCUUCACACCCUGAUCUCAAUUCUGACAACGGGGCAGAAAUCGAUAAGAUAGUCAAGAAUGGAGCAAUAUCGCUGAUAAGUGCUGUUUUGGCUUCUCAGAGCCUCGACCAAGCUGUGAUUGACAAGGGGUUGUUGCGAUCCGUCGCACUUGAAGGUAGCCAAGACAGAGUCGGCAUCACUCGCAUGUUGCUUGAGAGCCACCCAUCCAGUGACGGGGUUUCAUGUGCUCUCAUCAAAGCUAGCCGACACGGAUAUCCCGAUGUCUUGGAACAACUUCUUCGCGACGGAGGUCGACUGAACAUGGAUAACUAUGCUGCUGUUCGUAUCGCAGCCUCGUCAACUGAUCCUGCUUGUCUGAACGUAUUAUUGCGCUUUGGAAGAAAUGCCCGAGACACCCUUUCGGCCGCCUUUGUGGAGGCUACUCGCCUGCCAGACUCUGAGGUGCGGCUCGGUCAUCUGAGGGCCAUCCUCGAGGCUGGCCUUUGUGGUGACAUUAUUGACCAGUACCUGAUUCAACUUGUGGAAUUGCAGAACGCGCCGCUCGAUGAGGUCAGUUUAUUGCUAGACUACCAAGCGUCAGUACAUGCACAUGCGAGUCGUGGCCCUAUCCUGGCUGCUACCUCGAAACAACGAGACGUUCUGCAGCUUCUGUUUACCCGGGUCCACCUUUCAAAUACUGCUUCUCGUUGCUUUGAGGCUUGCAUGGCAGCAGGAUUGAUACAGGAACACGAGAUUCGGGUGCUCAAAUUUCUGCUGGAGAAGGGUGUGAAUCAAACGCCUCGCGACGAAGCCCUUCUGAUAGCAGCGAACAAUCUGGGAGCGACGCCUCCAGGUGGCUUGCCAAUGGUACAACUCCUUGCCGACCAUGGUGCAAACCCCGACUUUGCUCAAGGACAGGCGCUGUGCCAUGUAUGCGAGAUUGGAAGAUUUGAUGCCGCCACGAUCAUUCUGGCACUGAGGCCUAGCAAAAGCACAAGAGCCCGUGCACUCCAUCACCUGGUGAAGUGCGAUAGCCCAUCAAGUGCCUUCUGCAGCAUGCUAGACUCUCUCAUCGGAUCUUCUCGCAACGACGACCCCAGGACCCUUGCAGAGCCCUUACCAGGUUUCAGUGAAUACCAAAAGGAUUAUGAUUCUGCCAUACGUGUCCUUCUCAGGAACAGACCUGGAGACUCUCGGGCCCUAAAAAAACUCUUGGAAUAUGGGUGCAGUGUAACCACAAAGCCAGAGAAAGAUCUCAUAUUUUGGUGCAUGACGCAGAUGGACAUCAGAGUCCGGAGUGAAUGCUUGCGUGUUCUAAUCGAGGCUGGAGCCAACGUAAAGUACAGAGACCCUUCCGCGGGUGAUACUGUGCUUCUACUUGCAUUACGGACUGGACGAGCGGCGCUACUAGAUCUACUGCUCAGCCAUGGUGCUGACCCUUCCGCAGGCAAUGAACAAUUGUCUCCUUUGCGCGCUGCCAGCGAGAUGGGUAAUGACGUGGCUGUUCGACAACUUGUUGAUGCUGGAGCCAGACUCAAUGACGGAAGCCUUCAUCAAGCCGUAAGAGGCCUCCACUUAAGUGUUGUGAGGCUCCUGCUGAAGCAUAACGCAAACGCAAACUACCGGUCUCCGGCACAUGGUGGGAGGACUCCUUUGGCAGAACUUUAUCUGAACGGAGACGCCUCUGGAUCCAAAGGAGUAGUGGCCGAGGACGUCAUCACGGAGCUGUGCCGAUGUGGCGCAAAUGUCCAGCAAAGUGUCGAGCGGCGGCCAUUGAUCCUCCUAGCAUUUGCCAACCAGAAGCCUGUGGCAAUGGUGACCGUGAUCAUGUCUGCCUAUCUAUCCGAACACAUCGAUGAGCCUUUUAACCUCUGUGAGGAAGCCGGUAAGGUGUACUCACCCGUCUGCUAUUUGUCCAAAGUACUGGCCCGUCGUCACUUGCCCGACUGGAAGAGGCUCGUACAGGUUCUGAAGACCUAUGGCUCGAAAAAGGACGUCUUCUACCAUCUCGAAGGCCCCCAACCUGCAGAUGCCGUGGGCAUGCCACUGCACAUUGCGGAACAGGAAGUACAACGGCAAGCAGAAGAAGACCGCAUACGACAGGAACAGGAGGCCCACGAGCGGCUGAUAAGACGGAUGAAUGACGAGGAAGCCCGUCGACAAGAGAUCGAACAGGGCAGGCAUCUGUUGGCAUUGGCGCACGAACGGGAGGUUGCAGAGCAAAAACUUGCCCUUACCCAACAAGCGAAUGCAGUCACUCUCAGUCAUCAACGUCGGCUCAACGAUGAAAGCUACAGGGCCGAAGAGGGACAGCGCCAACUGCGUCGAAGUGAUCGCCGCGAUGUGGAGCGCCAUCAACACAGUCUACACGAUAUGAGCACAGCAGCGGCUUGGGCGAGGCAGAAUGCAGAGACGGCAGGGGUGAGAACUAGACAAACCAUUGAAACGGCUGGGAAGAGGGAACGAGAGGCUAUCGAGACGGCAGGAGUAAGUGGGCGGCUGGCCCUUACCACAGCGGCUUACAAGGAGCAAAAGAGGAUCGAAGUCGAUUCUCGACAGCAGAUUGGGCAUGAAGAACGUAAGAUGAUCGAUCACAGGUCGCAAGCCGACGAAAGAAAGCACCAGUGGACGAUGGAUCAGUUGGCUUUGGCGAAAGCAAUUCCCAUCGGCCCAGCUCAAAUGAUCGGAUCAUCAACUGACGCGGGUGGGAACAAAGGCUUGUUAACAAUGUAGACCUCGAGGAAGCCUAUGGUAUGGUCUCGAUAGAAUGGCAUAUGAUGGCGUCCUUGAACAAGUAGUUGCUUUCUCUUGGCGCGUUUGACGAGAUCUUCUUAUCUUCUUG